AUCUUUUAGCAUGACUGGGAAGCCCGUGCUUCACUACUUCAAUGGAAGAGGCAGAAUGGAGUCCAUCCGGUGGCUCUUGGCGGCAGCUGGGGUAGAGUUUGAAGAAGAACUUUUUGAAACUCGUGAAGAAUUUGAGAAGUUAAUCCAAGGUGGGGCACUGAUGUAUGACCAAGUGCCCAUGGUUGAAAUCGAUGGAAUGAAUUUGGUGCAAACCAGAGCCAUCUUAAGAUACAUAGCUACGAAGUAUGACUUGUAUGGAAGGAACCUGGAAGAACAAGCCUGGAUUGAUAUGUACGUAGAAGGCUUGAGGGACCUGAGUGACAUGAUAAUGUACUUUCCACUCUCCCUGCCGGAAGAGAAGGAGAUGAAUCUUGAGUACAUCCUCCAACGAGCCACAGUGAGAUUCUUUCCUGUUUAUGAGAAGGCCCUAAGAGACCACGGACAAGAUUUUCUUGUGGGCAAUCGGCUGAGCUGGGCUGAUGUACAGCUCCUUGAAGUCAUCUUAAUGGCUGAAGAAUGUGAACCCAGUGUCCUCUCAGGCUUCCCUCUGCUACAGGACUUCAAGGUCAGAAGCAGCCAAAUCCCUACAAUUAACAGAUUCCUCCAACCUGGAAGCCAGAGGAAACUUGCGCUGGAUGAGGAAUCCAUCAAGACUGUGAAGGACAUAUUCAAAUUUGAACGAGGCAUGUUUCUUAAGAACAUGAGCACAAUAGUAGCUGAGUAUUAAGAUGCAGACACAGAGGUCAAGGCUACUCGAUUGACACUUCACAGUGUGUUUGGAUCAAUGACCAGAAAAACGCCCUGAAGCAUGUUAGUAAAGAAAUAAUAAAUAUGAGGAAAUAAACUACUGAAAACUUACAAUAAGCUAGAAAAGCCUACUCCUGUUUGAAAUAAGACAUGCUUCCAAGAAUGACUCCAGAGAACCCACGCAAGAGUCCGCCAGCUUCUAUACAGUGCUAGA